CAGCAGCGGCGCGUUCACGCUCUCGAGUCACUCCAGCGCUGCCGACUGUCGGGAUGUGACCCCGGAACAGGACGCCUCCUUAUACACAACACAGCUCACAAAUACAACAAAAAACGACAGAAUCCUGGACCAGGAGAGCAGUGCGUCAGGAGCAGGGGGGAUGAACCGAGAGGAAGCCCCUGGCAAGUCUCCUGAGGAGAUGUACAUCCAGCAGAAGGUGCGGGUGCUGCUCAUGCUCAAGAAAAUGGGAUCAAAUCUGACACCAAAUGAGGAAGCAUUUCUGCGGAAUUAUGCAGGCGUGGUGCACAGCCAGAUGAGUCAGUUACCACAGCACCCGAUUGACCAGGGAGCUGAGGAUGUGGUAAUGGCCUUCUCAAGAUCAGAGGCCGAGGACAGGAGACAGUGACCUCUCGCCAUGCCGAGUCACUACAGCUGAACACUACUCAACACUGUUGACCGAUGGAGAGGGCGGAGCUUGAGAUGAGAGAGGGGCGGGGCUCUGCUGCAUGCCAGUUGCCCCACUUCCCUUCUCUUCCCGGUUCCCCUCUUCUUCCUCACAUUAACUGUUACACUAUCAGGCCCUGCGGCCACACUACCUGAUGACUUACAGCAAACGAGUCAGAAAGAGUUCUGGUGGGUAAAUAUUAGAUUUGGGUAUUAUGUUUAAUUUUGCCAUCAUCCUUUUGUAAAUGGCGUUUUAUAUUUGUUCCCAUGAGAGACUUAAUGGACCAAGAGCUUAAUUUGUCUGGUCAAAAAGUAUAUAAAUCAUCUUAUGGGUUAUUACAGAUGAUUUUAUUUUUCGUUGUAUGUAGUUUCUUUUUAUUGUCCACAGGAUCCUGCAAGUUUAAAAAAAAAAAAGUACUUUAUUUUUUUCCGUUUUUUUAUUUGUUUAGUAAUUGUGCGCAUCCUAAUUUCAUUAAAAAAACAUUAAUGUUAUUGUGGUGGAUACUAAAUUGUCAAAAAGGAUGAGGCCCGUACACACUCACAGAACGAUGUGCACAAAUGACCUGAUGUUUCAUGAUCUCUCUUUUCGAUGUAUGGAUUAAUGUGUAAUUUCAUAGCCUUUUUUGUACACAGCGUGAGGAAAAAAAAAAG